AUGGACGAAGACAAUCACGGUAAGACGCACGAUGAUGAUUCAAUCACCGUCUCUCUUUCCCUCUCUCUGUUCCAUCAUCUGCUGUGGUGUGUACAUGGACUGAUAGGGGCUAUAUGUUAUGCGCCGUAAAGCAUGAGUCGAGGCAUACAACUGUAACCACCAAUGCAUGCAUUUAAUCAUCAGCAAUGUAUCUUUAUUUUCCUUCAACACUAAGGUAUUAAAGAAAUGCAACGGUAUUUUUAUCAACUGUUGUCAGACAUGGGGUUACAUCUGGGGUAGGGUAUAAAGAGACCUAGUGGAGGAUGGUUACUGGUCAUAUUUCUUAAUCAUCAAGUGGGACAAUAAAUGAUGAUUAUCCAUCAUGUAAGAGGGUAUAUAGUAAUUGACCUCAGUGUGAGGAAUGCAUGGAAACGCAUGCAGCAAUGUUUAGUGCUUCUUCGACAAAAUUCGUGUGUGUUUAAUGUUGCGCUGAGUCGCUUUGAAGUUUGUGCUGGAGCUCUAGCUAGGCUACGCUUCUUUCCAUUAUAAAGCAGUUAUAUUGAAACAGCCGCUCAAGGCCCUGGACGGGUGAAAAAGAUAAGAUAAAGGUAUAUUUUUUAAAACCAGGAAAGCCGACUUUUGCGGUUGGAAGGCCUUCAAAACAGUCUCAUUAAUUACAUCCUUCAGAGUGGUAUCCGUUCCAAAUGGUUUUAUUUAAAUGACAGUGCUAAACUACAGCCUGUGGCAUCCAAUAGUCCUACUGCUUGCAUGAUGCAAGAGAAGACACACACAAUAUAGUUUGAUAACCCCCCCCCCCCCCCCCCCCCACACACACACACAGUAUAGUUUGAUAACCCCCCCCCCCCCCCCACACACACACACACACACACACACUUACACAAUCUCACACACACACAAACACCAAAUCUUCCAACCCCAUCUCAAGGCAGGGGGCGAAGGCCAUGUAAAUGUGUUGUAAACAUUUGUCUUGAGAAGAGAAGCAGUUAAACUGUGAGAGAUUAGCAGAUGCUGAAGAGGGGACCCUCUACAUAUCUCACCCCUCCUCAGCCCACACUGGUCCAUCCUGUUGCUGUAGCAUUAACCCUUUUCAUGCUCUACAUAACCCCUGUCUCAAUAGAUUUGUCCCUGGUUAAAUGAAGGUUUAAGGGCGGAAGGUAGCCUAGCGGUUAAGAGCGUUGGUUCGAAUCCCGGGCUGACAAGGUGAAAAUGUGUCAAUGUGCCCUUGAGCUAGACACUUAACCCUAGUUGCUCUGGAUAAGAGCGUAUAGUAAAAUGUGUGUGUGCUCAAACCAUACUGUACACUAUGUUGGCAUGCUAAAUUUACCCCUGAUAGUCAGAGUAGCGCUGGGUAAAAUGCCUUUUUAAUUCAAGCCAAAACCCUUCAACUCAAAUCAGUGCAGCGCAGUGUAACGCUUCAUAAAGUCAUGGAGCUGUACUAUACUGUGCAGCAUAUGGUCAAAGUUGGGGUAUAAUUUGUUCCACCUCCAUUUACUGCCUGCUAACAAGGAGAGGAAAAAGGCCAUGAUAUAGGAUAAGGUAAUGUUCUUAUAUGGGCUGAUAGUGAGCAUGCAUACUGCCUCUCAUAGGAGAACAAACCGAGAUAAUUACACAGAAGAGCACACACAGAAGAACACAACACACACACACACACACUCCGGCACGGUCUGAGAAACUAGGACAGUGAGUAGAGUAGAAUAUGGAAUUAAUUAAUGCGUGUUUACUCCUACUUCUACACACUUGGCUCACUCCUCUAUGCUGUUUACAUGCCACAAGACAGACGUCUGCAAUCACAUUGUGUAAAACAGACCCUAAAUCACAAGUGUUGUAUGGCACCAAGUCUAUUUUAUAGUCUCAUUGUGUAGUUAGGCUGGUAGAGUGAAAGCAGAAAUGAAAUACAAUGUAGGCCUACAAAUUGGCCAGCACUCACUUGAUGCUGGUUGUGUGUUUUUAGAUCCUCUCGUUCCUCUAGUUUCUGCAGCGAUAUUUUCAGCUUUGCCUUUGUCAGGAAGGAAAGUGCUCUGUUUGAAUGGUGUUUUUACUAAUUGCUCUGUUUGAAUGGUGUUUUUACUAAGUGCUCUGUUUGAAUGGUGUUUUUACUAAUUGCUCUGUUUGAAUGGUGUUUUUACUAAUUGCUCUGUUUGAAUGGUGUUUUUACUAAUUGCUCUGUUUGAAUGGUGUUUUUACUAAGUGCUUUGUUUGAAUGGAGUUUUUACUAAUUGCUCUGUUUGAAUGGUGUCUUUACUAAUUGCUCUGUUUGAAUGGUGUUUUUACUAAUUGCUCUGUUGGAAUGGUGUUUUUACUAAAUGCUUUGUUGGAAUGGUGUUUUUACUAAGUGCUCUGUUGGAAUGGUGUUUUUACUAAAUGCUCUGUUGGAAUGGUGUUUUUACUAAGUGCUCUGUUUGAAUGGUGUUUUUACUAAGUGCUCUGUUGGAAUGGUGUUUUUACUAAGUGCUCUGUUGGAAUGGUGUUUUUACUAAGUGCUCUGUUGGAAUGGUGUUUUUACUAAGUGCUGUGUGUCUUGUCAGUGUUUCUUGUGUCGGGAUCCUGAUAACCGUAGUGACUCCCUCUCUCUUUCAACACCAUUUUUUUUAUUUGACCGUGGGAAACACCAAAUGGGAAACCCCUUUCCUUCCAUUCUCUCUGGGCAGAAAGUGUCUGUGUGUUUGUGCAUGAUUUGUGUGUGUGUGUAUUUGUUCUUUGGCAGUGUAGGUUUGCGUUGUUGAGGGGCAGUUGAAUCUGUCAAUAGGUUUUUCUUAUCAGAAAUGGGCACCUUGACAGAAAUUAUUUUUGCAAAUGAAUACUUUAUUAUUUUAUGUUGAAUUCAUGGCCAUUUUACUGUCAAGUCCUUUGGCUUUCAUACUGUAUCUUGGGGACUGUAAUUACGCCAUUUAUAAAUCUCACUGGGCAUGGAAACAUACAUGUUCUUUGAGAAGAACAUCAAUACAAACUGCUUGAGUCUUUGGGGUGUUGAAGUUUCAUAUGAAUCCAGACAUUAGUGGUUUCCUGCCCUGAAUCGACACUAUAGGUCUAUUUAGUUGGCCAGCAGUCUUUGUUGUGGCGCUAGGAUGACGGGUGUGAGGGAACAUUAGAGAGUCAUUAUUGCCAUGCCGUGGACGCCUUGUGGCUGGUCUGUAGCUCUAACACUGCCUGGAGGGCCUUCUGGCUUGCACAAAGCAUGCAGUAGCUACAGCCAUAGGCUAUAUGGCUACAUCAGAUACAGCCAGUCAGCUAACUAGCCCCCCUACGCAGCUGUUUCUCUCUCUGCAUUCUGGUUUGUCGGAGUAAGUCCUGUUCUCUUUCUCAAGUUUUCUUUAGCAUCCUGUGUCUUACUGUCUUCCUUCCCCACUGUAUCUUUAAGAUGACAUAUUUCUACUCUGUGUGCCAUAUGAUACAUUUUAUAUUUAAAGCCCAAAAUAGGCUUUGACUUGAUUCUUUUGAGAUUACCAGAAUGAGAAUAUAAUCUGUUUUUCCAUCCUUAAGGUAGCCUUUAUGAGGCCUCCUACCAUGUUGCCUUAUUGAAACAGCUUAAAAGGAGAUUUAGAAAAAAGAAUUCAGUUCAUUUUGACUGUUAAGAUUGACUUUAGUGUAUUGUGGGACAACAUUGAAGGAUUAGGCUAGACAAUACACACACUGUUUAAGGGGUGAGGCAUCUUUGGCACUGCACAGACUUGGUUUAAGGAGGGAUUGAGAGGGACUCUUAAAGGAUUCCAGUACUGCUGCCUCGUCUGUAGAGAAACACCACAUAUGGAAUUGAUUAUGGGGAAUACUGAGGGGGCUUCCCAAUGUGUUUUCAGUGCCAUGGAAGAGAAGGUAGCAGACUAGCACGUACGACUGUCUGGAAGGGUUGGCAUGUCCCACAGAUGAUUUUGUUUGGAUGCAGUAUAUUGCCUUGAUUGUUACUGAGUUAUGGAAUGAGGAAAGAGACAGACAGGGACGGAGUUCAGAUAGAGGGGGAGAGAGUAGAAGAGAUGUAGAAGAAAAGAGAAUGACUGAGAAAUAGCAAAAGAGAGCGAGACAGAGACCGUACUUUCCUUGAGUAAUAUGCAUCUUAUUUCACUAGUAGGGGAACUAAAUAGAAGUAGAUCCAGUAUUAAGAGGGUAGUUAGAGGCUGGAUAGAGGCUGGAGGCUCCAGGGGUUGUGUGCAUUUCUUGGCCAGGCUAGGUAAGUGCUGCUUUCUGGUAGAACUGGGCGAUAUGGACAAAAAUCCAUAUAAUGAUAAAUUGACCGAAUUAUCACCAUAACGAUAAAUUGAACGAUAAGUUUACAACAUUAAUGUGCACCAGUUACUUUUUUUUACAUUACCCUUAAAACUACUACUACUACUUUGAAUGUUGUGGCUAUCAAUUGUCCCGUUAGCAAUAGCCUAUAUUAAGACUUAUUUCAUUUCAAAUGUCACAUUCUUCUAGUAAAGGCUACUUAUCGUUAUUGUCGAUAUCAGUAAAAUGUCCUCGAUAAGUGGUUGUUUCGGUCGGUAUGGAUAAUUAUCGGUUUAUCGUCCCAGCUCCACACUCUGGAGCCCUCAGCCCUGUGGCCCUGAGAACACAAGAAUGUAGAACCAGAACACCUAUUCAGAAUUCACAGGCAUUCUAAAAGGAAGAAGUGUGCUGUGCUUGUAUUUUCAGAGAUUCUAAAAGGAGGUGUGCUUAUAGCUAGUAACUACGCAAGAUGUACAGGUAGACAUCAAAGGUGUGCUUAUAGAUUGUACAAACGCCCAUCCUAACUACACAAUAUAUAUCACAGAGAUCAAUAAACUUCGUAGGUGUUCUGUGACUGUUAUUUUGAAGUGCCCUGUGUGUCUUUCAAGCCUCCAACAGGUCAGCCAAAGACAGCGUUGCUCCGCCCGGUCAAAGUAGACAAGCAUCAACAUCCUGGACCUCCAGGCAACAAUCGCCAGGCAGUAGUUUGUCUUCAGUCUUCAGUCACUCAACCCCCAUCCAGCUCUCUUAUUAGAAGUGGGUGCCAGAAACAGCAUCAAUCUCAUUCCAAGGAGUAUCAAAUCUACAGAAUAUGAAUGCUCUGGCAGCAGGCAUAUGGCCGUGGAGUAUCAGGCCCUAGUUGAUAUAAGGCCCCAGCACAUCACAUCAAAUAUUUACAUUCUAGUGGUGAUCCUGAGCAGAUGUUGGACAUGAGGGGACAUGAUGUCUGGACAGACCAGGAUGGAGGGAGGGACCACCCGGAUGGAUGGAUCACCCCCUAGCAGGGGUCCGCUCCCCGCUCCCUAAAACAGCAGAUUAAACAAUGCAAUCAUUGGAUGGCAGUUUAGUUUAGCCCCCCAGUACUAGAUCCUAGAUCUCUCUAAAUCCUAGUACUAGAUCCUGAUCCACAGAGGUAACUAAACCCCAAGAUAUUACCCUCCAAAAUCUUUGCUCUCCUUUCAUGCAAGGAUGUGAGCUACUGUAGUUACUGGAAAAGAAUGGUAUAGUUAUCGCUCCUGCAUAGUCGCAUUCAUAGAUGCACAUUUAUAGUAUUUUAUCAGGAUCCACAAAGCAGUGAGGUGCAACAUACCCAACUAUUGAAAAGGCCAAACAGAGGCCGGAUCUUACAUUCAUGAAAAUAAAACACUUCCAUUAGCUACACUGACUAACAUAGAGAAUACAGUACACACUCUCAUCAUAACCCAUUGCCCUUUGGCUUGCCCUGUACUAAUCAUUCCGCACAUUCAACUGCCAGGUUGCAUCUCCGUACAGCUAAACAAGACUACAUAUGUUUAUUACUGUUACUGUGUCUGUCCGUGUUGUCACUGCCAAAGUAGGUUACAGAAGAGAGAGAAAGAGUGGCUGGCUGGCUGGCUGGCCAUUGGAAACAACAUCUGUGUGUGCACUGUAUACAUCCCACUUCCACUGUGGCCGUCAGCCCCAUGGUCAGAUUGGGAUUAAGAGCUGUGGGGGUGGGUGUUAGCGGGAUUAAAGCCAGCUGGCAGCACGAGCGUGUGUCUGUGUGUGCUACAGUUUGCAUGUACAGUGCUGUGAGAAAGUAUUUGCACGCUUUUCUCUAUUUUUGCAUAUUUUUGAUACUGAAUGUUAUCAGAUCUUCAUCCAAAACCUAAUAUUAGAACCUGAGUUUACAAAAAAAAGGAUACUUAUUUUAUUUAUUUAAUUAACAAAGUUAUGCACCACCCAAUUCCCCUGUGUGAAAAAGUGAUUGCCCCCUUACACUCAAUAACUGGUUGUGCCACCUUUAGCUGUAAUGACUGCAACCAAAUGCUUCCUGUAGUUAUUGAUCAGUCUCUCACAUCGCUGUGGAGGAAUUUUGGCAAAGCAUCCCCAAACCAUCCCAAUACCACCACAAUGCUUGACCGUUGGUAUGAGGUUCUUACUGUGGAAUGCAGUGUUUGGUUUUCGCCAGACAUCAUGGGACCCAUGUUGUCCAAAAGUUAUACUUUUGACUCCUCUGUCCAUGGAACAUUAUUCCAAGAGUGUUGAUGAUCAUCCAGGUGCUUCCAGGUGCUUUUUGACACACUUGAGUCAGCUUGAGUCACACUUGAGUCAGAUUACCUCAUACCAAAGGUCAAGCAUGGUGGUGGUAGUGGGAUGGUUUGGGGAGGCUUUGCUGCCUCAGGACCUGGACGACUUGCCUUAAUAGAAGAAGCAUGAAUCCUGCUCUGUAUCAGAGAAUUCUACAGGAGAAUGUCAGGCCAACCGUCAGUGAGCUGAAGCUGAAGCACAGCUGGGUCAUGCAGCAAGACAAUGAUCCAAAACACACAAUCAAGUCUACAUGAAAAUGGUUAAAAAGCACGUUUUGGAAUGGCCUAGUCAAAGUCCAGACCUAAUCCCAAUUGAGAUGUUGUGGCAGGACAUGAAACGAGCAGUUCAUGCUUGAAACCCUACAAAAUAAGUAUUCUUUUUUUUUGUUAUGUGUAAACUCAGGUUCCCUUGAUCUAAUAUUAGGUUUUGGUUGAAGAUCUGAUAACAUUCAGUAUCAAAAACAUGCAAAAAUAGAGAAAAUCAGAAAGGGGUCAAAUACUUUUUCAUGGCCAUGUAUGUAUGUAUGUAUGUAUGUAUGUAGGUAUGUAGGUAUGUAGGUAUGUAGGUAGGUAGGUAGGUAGGUAGGUAGGUACAGUUGAAGUCGGAAGUUAACAAACUAUAGUUUUGACAAGUCGGUUAGGAUAUCUACUUUGUGCAUGACACAAGUAAUUUUUCCAACAAUUGUUUACAGACAGAUUAUUUCACUUAUAAUUCACUGUAUCACAAUUCCAGUGGGUCAGAAGUUUACAUACACUAAGUUGACUGUGCCUUUAAACAGCUUGGAAAAUUCCAGAAAAUGAUGUCAUGGCUUUAGAAGCUUCUGAUUAACAUCAUUUGAGUCAAUUGGAGGUGUACCUGUGGAUGUAUUUCAAGGCCUACCUUCAAACUCAGUGCCUCUUUGCUUGACAUCAUGGGCAAAUCAAAAGAAAUCAGCCAAGACCUCAGAAAAAUAAUUGUAGACCUCCACAAGUCUGCUUCAUCCUUGGGAGCAAUUUCCAAAUGUCUGAAGGUACCACGUUCAUCUGUACAAACAAUAGUACGCAAGUAUAAACACCAUGGGACCACGCAGCCAUCAUACCGCUCAGGAAGGAGACGCGUUCUGUCUCCUAGAGAUGAACGUACCUUGGUGCGAAAAGUGCAAAUCAAUCCCAGAACAACAGCAAAGGACCUUGUGAAGAUGCUGGAGGAAACAGCUACAGAAGUAUCUAUAUCCACAGUAAAACGAGUCCUAUAUCGACAUAACCUGAAAGUCCGCUCAGCAAGGAAGAAGCCACUGCUCCAAAACCACCAUAAAAAAGCCAGACUACGGUUUGCAACUGCACAUGGGGACAAAGAUCGUACUUUUUGGAGAAAUGUCCUCUGGUCUGAUGAAACAAAAAUAGAACUGUUUGGCCAUAAUGACCAUCGUUAUGUUUGGAGGAAAAAGGAGGGGCUUGCAAGCCGAAGAACACCAUCCCAACCGUGAAGCACGGGGGUGGCAGCAGCAUGCUGUGGGGGUGCUUUGCUGCAGGAGGGACUGGUGCACUUCACAAAAUAGAUGGCAUCAUGAGGAAGGAAAUUAUGUGUAUAUAUUGAAGUCAGGAAGUUAAAGCUUGGUCGCAAAUGGGUCUUCCAAAUGGACAAUGACCCCAAGCAUGCUUCCAAAGUUGUGGCAAAAUGGCUUAAGGACAACAAAGUCAAGGUAUUGAAGUGGCCAUCACAAAGCCCUGACCUCAAUCCUAUAAAAAAGUUGUGGGCAGAACUGAAAAAGCGUGUGCGAGCAAGGAGGCCUACAAACCUGACUCAGUUACAUCAGCUCUGUCAGGAGGAAUGGGCCAAAAUUCACCCAACUUAUUGUGGGAAGCUUGUGGAAGGCUACCCGAAACAUUUGACCCAAGUUAAACAAUUUAAAGGCAAUGCUACCAAAUACUAAUUGAGUGUAUGUAAACUUCUGACCCACUGGGAAUGUGAUGAAAGAAAUAAAAGCUGACAUAAAUCAUUCUCUCUACUAUUAUUCGGAUAUUCUCACAUUCUUAAAAUAAAGUGGUGAUCAUAACUGACCUAAGACAGGGAAUUUCUACUAGGAUUGAAUGUCAGGAAUUGUGAAAAACUGAGUUUAAAUGUAUUUGGCUAAGGCGUAUGUAAACUUCUGACUUCAACUGUAUGUAUGUAUCAGAGGAGGCUGGAUUGGAGGAGCCAUAGGAGGACUGCUCAUUGUAAUGGAUAGAAUGGAAUAAAUGGAACAGAGUCAAACAUGUGGUUUCCAUAUAUUUGAUGUGUUUGAUACCAUUCAAUCCAUUACAUGUGCACGUCCUCCUAUAGCUCCUCCCACCAGCCUCCUCUGGUAUCUAUGUAUGUAUGUGCACCACAUGAGGUUGGUGGCACCUUAAUUGGGGAGGACGGGCACGUGGUAAUGGCUGGAGUGGAAUGGUGGAAUGGUAUCAACUACAUCAAACAGAUGGUUUCCAUGUGUUUGAUGCCAUUCCAUUCACUCUAUUCCAGCAUUAUUAGGAGCUGUCCUCCCCUCAGCAGUCUCCACUGAUGUGCAUGCAUCUGUGUAUGUGUGUUUGUAUCUAUGUGCGUAUGUCUAUGUGCUCCUGCAUCUGCAUGUGUGCAUGACGUGUGUUCCUAUAAAUGUGUGUUUGUGCGUGCAUGUAAGGCCAGUGAGGGGAGCCCAAGUGGUAUAAAGUUAAAGGGAUUGGUGACAGCAGGCUUCAGAUGAGGGGUUAGAGCCAGAGGUGGCUCUCAGUGACAGCCUGUCUGGCCUGUCUAUCUCAUCCCAUCUCCCUGCUAGGGCCAGUGGGGUGACUGGGUUCUCCCAUGCUCCAACACACAGACCAGGCUAGCUAUGGGUCAGUAAAGAUAACCCGCCAGGCUGUGCCCAUUACCCAGUUUAGCUUUUAAAAUGGGAAGUUGGCCUGUCAGUGAAUGAGUAUGGGAUUUGGUGAGAAGUUGGCCUAUGUACAGUAACAGAGUAUGGGAUUUGGUCUAAGUCCCACUCUGUUCCACUGGUCAAGCUGGGAUGAGUGGGGGUUUUAAUGAUAUGAGGGUCACUAAGGGUCUGACUUUAAGGAUUUAUCACACUGUCCAUUCCAACAAGUGGCAAAAAUGUGGUGAAAUGGACAGUCUGUUUCGUGUCAAUUUGAAUGUGUAUCAUGUGCAAGGCUAUUUUGUACUGUAAGUGGACUAAACAUAACGAGGCAGGCUUUCGUACCCCCAAAUGUAUCCCAUCCUAUCAGAUAUUCUGCAGAGUAAUGUGCACAGAUCUCAAGUCAGAAUUAGUCUCUGUUCCUGUAUCAUCAACUACCCCAGUUGCAGAGGGAGGGUAGUGAACAGUUGGUCGUUUUUGGGUGAGGACCUCAUCGUAGGAGAUUGAGGGGAUUUAUUUUUGGGGAUAAAUUGCUAGAGGCUCUGCUCUGUGGUGCGCAUGUUUGAGUUUAUUUAACCCCUGCCCCCUGGCACCAGCUUUGCACCUGCUCAACCCAACCCGUUGCUCCACUCUCUGGAGUAGAUUUGACUCAGUAGAGUAGAUGUGUAGCUAUUUCAGUGGCACUCAACUGCAACUCUCAAAUCAAAUGGGAUUCAGAUAAAACUUUGUUGACAUACCUGUGGCACCUAGACGGUGUAAACGGGUGGAAUACAGACUGGUGAAGAGACAUUAAUAACUGAGAAAAAUAAGACUGAGAAAGACUGGUUUUGUUGAUAAAGGAACCAUUCAGUUGUUGUGACUGUCAGAGCUCUGGACCCUGCUAGUUUCAGAAAUGACUCCUCCUCUGUCUGCCAACUGGAGACUCUACUAAACUAAUUUCCUGGAUUAGUCAGAGGGCAGUUGCCAGGGUGGAUUGUAUUAGCAAUCUAAUUUGUAGACCCCUACCCUAUCUUCAUGUUUAAUGUCCACUACCAAUGGACCAGAAGGGUCCAUUUAUUACCCAUGUAAAUGUUCCUUCCCUGCCUUUGCCUUGCUUGUUUCCCUGUUGAUCUGAUAAAUGAAGGUGUGUUUUGUAGGGUGAUGUAAUGGUCAGAGCAGAUGUGGUGUAGGGAGGCUUCUGAAGGGAGCUCAGCCUCACAUCUAGGCUGCUUAAACCAGACGGAAUGCUGCACUCAUGUGGUGUGCUCAGUCUGAGCAGCGUUCAGUCUGGUUUAACCAGGCUAGCUCCGAUUCACCUUCUCAUUAACAUCCAUGAUGAAUCAGAUAAUAAUCAGCCAGAUGAAUUUACCCAGACGGUCCUAUUAACCAGGAUACAUAUUAGAGCCUCUGGUCUCAGGCAGGGGGAAAAACCAGGCUACGUUCUCUCUAUGCAGAAUAUCAUCAAUCCAACAAGCAAAUUAUGAGAAAUAACAGAAGUCUAAAAUAUUUGCUGUAAAAAGCAAUAAUCUAAUUUGCGUUGAGUUGAUGACACACAUUAUUAUAGAAAUAGACUCGAAUGGGUUUCUGGUAAACAGGAUUCAAGAUUUCUUGUGAUCUUGGUAAUAAUAAGAAAAUUCAGUACAUUGCUGCUUUGAAAUAGAAAAUAGAAAUAUACCAAAUUGAAAUUACCAUACAUUUCCUAUCAUAGAUAACAUUGUGCCACUUUAAAGAAGAACUUUGGUCAUUUCUCAAUUGAGAGCUGUGUCAACUUGAACUUGAAACUAAUUGCAUCACAGUCACAGUUCCACUUAGGUUGUAUAACCAAAGUGAGGUUAACCCAGAGGUUAGCCAGCUAAUUAACGUCUCUAUUUUGAUGUUGAACUCCAGUCAGUGAUUAUUGUAGCUCCACAUCCCCUCUAUUGUCAUAGAGCAACACAGAGGGCAGCACAGUGAACCAGGAGGAAAUCCUUAACUGGCUCGCUGUCUCACUACCUGACCCCCAGACACACAAUGCAACAUAGGAUUACAAAGAUAGUUAAGGGAACAAUUAUUUUGACUUUACACAGGCUUUUGUUUAAUUGUUAGUCUUAUUAAUAUCAUUGCUGCGAUCAAUGUUUAGACCCCUGAGCACCUCUUGUACGAACUCUAGUUGCCAACUACUAAAUUAGUUCUGGGCCUCUCUUGAGCUAGGCUCCCAUGUUCACUUUUAAUUGGCAAGACAUGGCUUUAGUUCAGUAGUAAUGUUAUUCAGUUCUGUAAAAAGGGAAACUGUGAAGUAAAUACUGUAACUAACUGGCGGUUAGAGAGGGCGAUGGUUGCGUUAAUUAACCAAAUUCACUUUUAAUGAAAGGAAACUUAAUCUGGAUUGGUUUAAUUAAAUAAUAUUCCCGAGCAUUAAAAAGGGUCAGAAAACACUUUCAUGUGGAAUAAUUAAGUCCGUACACUUUUUUUUCACUAAUUAAGACGAAUGUAUCUGCUUUGAUGUGUGUGACUCUGGAUAAACUAGGUGAAACGGUCAUAGUACUGUAGCAGUGUUAGUUAGUGUGGUGUCACGCAGUGUAACAAGAUGCAUCGGCGGUAAGACUAAGUAAGUUUCUCUCUCUGUGAUCUCUCUCUUCUAGUACCUGAGGAUCUCUCUCUGGAAGAGAGGGAUGAGCUGUCAAACAUCCGGCGGAGGAAGAGAGAGCUGCUGGAUGAUAUUGAAGUGGGUAGCAUUGAAGUUGCUUUGCCUCGGCUUAGUAGCUGCAAAGCUUUGAGGAAGAGUGUAUUGUAUUUUUCUGACGUGCUCAUGUACAGAUGUAGGAUCUUCAUUUUAUUAUCCUGUUGUUGCAAGACAUUUACUGCACAGCAGGAAAUGCACAUUUGUAGUGUAUUCAACAUUUUUAAAAAGGCUUCUAAAGUUUGUAAUUUCCACUUUAAAAUGUCAGACAAAAAAAUUAUCAACCCCUACAAAAAUGUCCAUUAAUUAUAAUCCACACAAUAAUUAUCAGGUCCUGUUGGUGCAGGAUUAUUUUCCUGCUGUUCAUUCAAUUUAUGUUCUAGUACAGUACUGCUUUCACUCAGAAUAAAGCCUAUUCCAAGAAUCCAAUUAUAUUUCAUUUUCUUCCCCUCUCAGCGCUUGAAGUUUGAGAUAGCUGAAGUCAUGACUGAGAUUGAGCAACUAACGUGUGUAGGAGAAAGGUGAGUGAACAGCCCAUGGUCUCAUUCACUGGUGCUUGCAUUUGUUUUUCACUGUUCUAACUAGAAGAGUGAAAAAUUCUGUGCAGUGCUUUCAAUCAACCUUAGCCGAUUAACCAUAUCUAAUUUCCAUACCCAAAAUGUGACAGAACUACUUUAUAAUCUCAUCUAUCACCAUCAGCCUGCUCAGUUUCCCGUCAUUAGUGGAUCACUAGUGGUAUCUCUGGUGAGAGAGUACAUGUCUUAAAUCUGGCUCAAUGUAUACAACACUAAUGGGUCACAGGUGUCUGAACAGCUGAAGGUUAAAAAGGCACCUGUGGCUUUUUACAUAUCAAUAAAUAUGUAUGUUUUUGUAGGAGAAGUUGCUUGGUUGUAUUGUAGGUUUUUCAUGGCUUUCCUUCCAUGUCAUGUCUCACAGCAAAACAACACAGAGGAACAAACAGAUCGCCAUGGGGAGGAAGAAAUUCAACAUGGAUCCUAAGAAGGUAUUUUCACGUUUAUGUGCAUGACCAGAGCCUCAGGGUUCAGGGAUGGCCACGUCUUAAGUCUUUUAUUCCGCCUUGGGAUAGCUUUUUGCGGUGUUGUGUCCAGUAUAUUGAAAAGCUAUGUUCACGUUUGCAUGUAUGACCCAGGCUUCAUUGGUGGCCUCAAGUCUUUUAUUUCAGUCCUGGUUUUCUGGGUGUUGUCCAGUAAUGGAAUCCUGUGAUAUGCUGCUGCUCUACUAGAAUCAUUCACCCUUGAUUGAGAUAAACAGCCCACUGUCUGUCGUCCAUCUUGUGUUCCAGGGGAUCCAGUUUCUCCUGGAGAACGACCUUCUGCAGCACACCCCAGAAGACAUCUCUCAGUUCCUCUACAAGGGCGAGGGCCUGAACAAGACUGUCAUCGGAGACUACUUAGGGGAGCGGUAAGCCAUCCCAUCUAUCUGCCUAGCAGGGAAACAGUUUUCCCUCCCUGUCGUGCUCCUAAAGCCGCGCUGCAGAUUUAUGUCCACUGCGUGAUUAGUCUGUUUGCUCGCCGAGUCUGAGGCCAUCCUCACGGGAUAUUAUGGUCUGCAUUUAUUGAUGAAAGCGGCCACCAGGUUCCCUCGGAAUACAAAUCACCUUGACAACGAGUCGUCUUGAGUGUCUCGGGUCUCGUCUCCCCCGCUUAUGCCACCCCACUGUGGAUACCUGACUAGCAAUAAAAAAUACUUAAUUCUCCACAACUCAACCCAGAAACACACUGUCAGGUAACAGAGGAGGGGGGUCGACUUGGGACUAGAGAUACAGCAGCUUAUUUGACUUAAAGACAACACUGUUGGCAGCUUCAGAUGAUAUCUGAAGGGAAAGACCAGGAGGUUACGUUAUAUGAAAAACAGGAGUAAUAGAUUAAUGGAGAGAGAGACGGUCUAUGUAUUGAAAGAGAUGUGCAGUGUGACGCAGACUGUGUGUGUUUGCAUCAGACGUGUGUGUGCCAGUGUGUGCCAGACGUGGGUGUGUUGGAGUCAGUCAUCAAUAUUAAGAGUCUAGAUGUUAAAUCUAUGAUCCCCAUACGUCCUCCACUGUACCCGCCUCGAAACCCAGAGGGAAUGAUCAAAGAACCAGCCCACUCAGUGGAAAGAACUGUAAACAUAGGUGGGGCGGCUAUACUUAGCAUUUAGUCCUAAUUGAGUUUACGGGAGGAUCUGGAACCUAUCAUUACACGCACUGUAAUUACAGAUUUAAUGGAGAGAAAGAGAGCGAGAGAGGGAUGGAGAGAGAGAAAGAGUGGGUGAAUCUGUCUUAAAUGACACAAUCAGACAGGAUCUUUGGUAAUGUGUUAGUAAUCCUGUCCUGCUUUCCUAGCUCUUCUUAUUACUCCUGUUGAUACAAUACAAGGUUGGAUUUUUUCACAGAUAAUAGUUUUAAGUGAUUCAGUAGUAAUACAUCAGUAAUAAAACUGUUUUUUUAUCAGCUUCUUUCUCAGAUAUUUCUCUCUCUGUACACACAGCAACUCUUAUUUACUUGGAAAACUUUGUUACAGAAACAUUUCCUGAGUUUGGUUGCCUUCUGAAGGUUAUGAGUGAUACAAAUACAAUGAGUGUUCAGGCUCAGGAACAUUAAAUUGGAUGUUAAAUAAACAACAUCAGAGGACCACAGGCCACUAAGCUUCAAAGGUGAUGUUGACUUUCUUCAACAAAUCUCUCUCACAAAAGACUCUUGUGUGUGGAUUCUUGACCAUGCCAAGCUUCAAUAGCCCAGCACCUCAAGGUAUUGGGAUCAAUUUCAAUAGGCCAGCUGUUAAGAUUGCUUCCAGACUCUUGCAGAGUUGUUUUGUAUAUCAAUGAAGGCAGAACAUUUUCUGGAAUUCAAAGGAAAAGGCAUCUGCUUGGGCAAAAUAAAACAUUCGCAGUGGAAAUAUUGUUUUUCCCUUCUGGGCUCAACCUGCAUGUGUGGAACUAUUCAAUCUCUUCUCCAGGAAAUGUUUUGGAUAUUCCCUUGAUAAUAUUCCCAUUCCUUGCUUUGGAAAAAUGCCUUGAGGAAAAAAAACAUUUCCUGAUGGGAAUACCUGUCCUUGUGUCCCCAGAGAUGAGUUUAACCUCAAGGUGUUGCAGGCGUUCGUAGAGCUCCAUGAGUUUGCUGACCUCAACCUCGUCCAGGCCUUAAGGUGAGCUGCAUGUUUCUAUCAUCUAACAGGGAACAAACUACACAAAACUGGUUUUAUAAGGGACUGAUGGAGACAUGUCUAUAUAAAAAUAGACUCCAUAUGGUAUACACUCAAUACUGAUGAUGAAAGUUAAUUGUGUUAAUCUGUGUUCAAUGAGGAGCUAAGUGUCCGAAUGUUUCUGCUCUCUGUCUGUUGCAGGCAGUUCCUGUGGAGUUUCCGUCUGCCUGGUGAGGCUCAGAAAAUUGACCGGAUGAUGGAGGCGUUUGCCUCGCGGUACUGUGGCUGUAAUCCCGGGGUGUUCCAGUCAACAGGUCAGAUCCUCAACAUUCAACACUAAGUCUGCCUAAGGGUGACCUAGACCCACAGGGAUCAAAACGCUGCUACAUUGAAACUUGACAUUCACUAUCGGUAAGCCCCAUAGGGGCUUUGGUCAAAAGUAGUGCACUAUAUAGGGAAUAGGGUUCCAUUUGGAACUUACUGAUAGUGAAUGUCUGUUUACUGUUUUAGAUUAGUUCCUAUGAGUUGACCACCGUGGGUCUAGGUCACCCUCAGCCUUGCAUUCUUCUUAUGCGGAAGUAAUUCAAUUAUCACUAAUGAAUACUUCCUGAUCUUGAUUGGAGACCUUUGCCAUUGCCAUCUGUCCUGUGUCAAAAGUUCACAUGUGGAAUCAACAACAAGUAGUUAGCCACCAAAACAUCCGACCAUGUAAGCAUCUCUUAGGUGGAUGAAAUACACUAGGACUGGAUGAGACAACUUCUUAUCCCCACACAAUCCAGAAUUAUUUAGGAAAAAGAGCUACGGUAAGGAUAUUAUUUCCACAAUAGGUAAUAAAUAGUUUAUAGUUCAUUUUCUAUGCCUGUCAUGGCUCCAUCCAGAGAGGGAGGGACUGUGCAGUGAAUCUGUGCUCUCUUCACACAAGACACAUCCCACUGGGCACAGAAGUCAAUUCAACAUCUAUUCCACAUUGGUUCAACGUCAUUUCAUGGAAAUAACGUUGAUUCAACCAGUGUGUGCCAAGUGGGAUCUCUGCUCUGAAUAAACCAGGGCAGAACAACAGUACUGUACCAGAACUCCUAGCACACUCAGUGGGGGCAUCUAUGGUAGAGACAGACAAUGCCCUCUGGAUGGACGAACGGACAGAAUGACAGACAGACAGGAGUGUGUCAGAGGGAAACAGAGAAUCAUUAUUUAUAUCCAGACAGGGACUGGUAUGUGUCAGCAGGGCAUUAAUAUACCAUCAGUACAGUAGAAUGUGUUUUUAUAGAAAAGGUCUACUUUCUACUGACUCCGGGUGUCAGUGGGUGUUAAUCCCAAAACUUAGUGCAGGAGUGUCAUGGAUGCAGGAGAGCAGAGGAAAAUAAAAGUUGUUUAUUGUUUAUAGAUCAAUAUUCAGAUAUGAUCGAUAUAUUGACAACACCAGUCUUCCCAAAACAUGAAUUGACUCUAGUGUCUAGUAUCCCUGGUUAACCUCAGUGAAAGGCAGAGAGGUGUUUAUUACUACUAAAUAUUAAUUACUUAUCUCCCUCCUGCAGACACCUGUUAUGUGCUGUCGUUUGCCAUCAUCAUGUUGAACACCAGCCUGCACAACCCCAAUGUCAGAGACAAGCCCCCUGUAGAGAGAUUCAUCUCCAUGAACAGAGGGAUCAACGAGGGAGGAGACCUGCCAGAGGAACUACUCAGGGUAAGACAGAGAUCGUGUGUGUGUGUGUGUGUGUGUGUGUGUGUGUGUGUUUAAGUGUGUGUGUGUGUGUGUGUGUGUGUGUGUGUGUGUGUGUGUGUGUGUGUGUGUGUGUGUGUGUGUGUGUGUGUGUGUGUGUGUGUGUGUGUGUGUGUGGAGAGUAAAUGUUUCUUCCAUUACUCAACCUUUUGUAUUCUGUUUUGCAGAAUUUAUUUGACAGCAUCAAAAAUGAACCCUUCAAAAUCCCAGAGGACGAUGGCAACGAUCUGACACACACGUUCUUCAACCCCGACAGAGAGGGAUGGCUACUGAAACUAGGUGAGUGACAACCAAAGAAUCCACAUCUUAGUACUUGGUUCACCAACAUGCCUACAAAUAUACUAUAUCCGUAUUCGCCACAUUUAGGGCAGAUGGAAAUGACCUCAGGAUAUCAUCAAAUAUUAGCAAUGUGAAAAAUUUUGCGAACUUGUGAAGCAACUCUUUCGUCUCGUAUUGUGUUUCUGCACUACUGUCUCGUCCUCUUUUCCCCCUCUCUCACUCCAAGCAUGGUCUGUGUGAUUCAGCUGCUCCUCUCUCUGUCCUUGGUUUUAUGUCCUUACUGGGUUGUUGUUUUCUCUUUUGAAUUUUAAAUGUGCCCUCUUGUUUUCCCUCACAACCUUUGACCUGUCACCUUUCUGUUCUGUUCUGUGACUGGCUGUUUCUUCUUACUCUGCGCUAGGAGGUAGGUACCCCCUCUCGAUCCCAGUAGAAGUUACACCUAACCACUGAUACAGGGUCAGAUCUUCCCCAUCCCCAUUAAUGGUUAUGGUUAGGAUUGAGGGUGGCGGUAAACUGAUCCUAGAUCUGUGGUUUAGGACAGCUUCUACUCCUCCCACCCCUCUGCUUUACCACAUCCUGAGGUCCCAUGCUAACAACAUUUAGCUCUUAUCUUCUUAGUCAACCGGCCCUGUGUAGCUCAGUUGGUAGAGCAUGGCGCUUGCAACACCAGGGUUGUGGGUUUGUUUCCCACGGGGGGCCAGUAUGAAAGAAUGUAUGCACUCACUAACUGUAAGUCGCUCUGGAGAAGAGCGUCUGCUAAAUGACUAAAAUGUAAAAUGUAAAUCUACAUAUUGGCCCCGUGUAGCUCAGUUGGUAGAGCAUGGCGUUUGCAACGCCAGGGUUGUGGGUUCAUUUCCCACGGGGGGCCAGUAUGAAAAAAUGUAUGCACUCACUAACUGUAAGUCGCUCUGUAUAAGAGCGUCUGCUAAAUGACUCAAAUGUAAAUGUAAAAUGUAUUAGCUGCUAGCUGGUUAGUGGUCAUCUAUUAGCUUGUUUGUUGCAGAGAUGUGUGUGGAACUGUGACUUAUGGUUGUCGGGGGUGACAGGGUUAUCUAGAAUGGGUUGUGUGAUCUCUUUGAUCUUGGAUGAGGAUCCACCCACCACAUUCCUCCUCUGACUGGCCAACGUCUCUGUCUCACACAGCUCCCAUUUAUGUUAACCAUAACAACAUGUUAUUUCACUUUUGGGGAACGGUGUAGGGCCAGGAGUUUUUCCAGCCCUCAUUACCUGACCAGGAAAAACUGAGGACUAGUUAUUAUAGGCUUGUAGCUAGAGUUUAAAAAUAGGGCCCCAGAGUGAUCAGGUAAAACUCCUGGCCCUAGGAAGGGGUGCAUUUCCUUCAUUUAGGUCAUGGGUUUGCGCUAUGAGAAUGUGUUCUGUAUGCUAGCUACAUUAUGUGCUGAUCCUGUGGUGUUCUGAGUUCCUCCAUCCUGCUGCUGCUGCCCUCCAGGCCUGAAACACCUCCUGCUGCUGCUGCCCUCCAGGCCUGAAACACCUGCUGCUUCCUGGUUCCUCCUAUCUGGUUGCGUGUCAAAUGGCACCCUAUUUCCUAUAUAGUGCACUACUUUUGACCAGGGCCCGUGUAUUUCACUAUAUAGGGAAUAGGUGCCCUAUGGGAUGCAACCUCUAUAUAUUCACUUGGGAUCCCCCCCCCCCCCCCCCCCUUUCCAUCCCACCGGCUGCGCUUGCUAGAUCAUUUUAGUUCCAGUUUUCCUCUCUCUGAGUUGCAUUACGUCUGUAUGCUAAUUUUAGCAUCCCUAUGGAAGGAGCUGCCUGAUGGAGACGCUGUGGUUUUUAUGAUGUAGUUAAAUGAGUCAUUACAGCAGCCUGUCAGGUAGUUAAAUGAGUCAUUACAGCAGCCUGUCAGGUAGUUAAAUGAGUCAUUACAGCAGCCUGUCAGGUAGUUAAAUGAGUCAUUACAGCAGCCUGUCAGGUCAUUACAGCAGCCUGUCAGGUAGUUAAAUGAGUCAUUACAGCAGCCUGUUACAGCAGCCUGUCAGGUAGUUAAAUGAGUCAUUACAGCAGCCUGUUACAGCAGCCUGUCAGGUAGUUAAAUGAGUCAUUACAGCAGCCUGUCAGGUAGUUAAAUGAGUCAUUACAGCAGCCUGUCAAGUAGUUAAAUGAGUCAUUACAGCAGCCUGUAGUUAAAUGGAAGAGACUGAGCUGCCUUAACUGAGGUUAGAGCUGGAGCGCUCUGUGUACACUGUUCUGAGUCUAGUAUAGCUCCCCUCUAUUUGGAACAUCAGCAUAAAUACAUAAACUGCAGGGGCCCCCAUAUACCUAUUUUAGAAUGUCAGCAUGUUUAUACGACAUGUUAACAAUGCAUUUCACAUAAAACUCUAGGAUUCUAUAGCACUCUAUAAGUAAACUAAUAUAGUAUUAUAAUAAUAAUAAUAAUAAUAAUAAUAAUAAUAAUAAUAGUAGACUGAGUGUACAAAACAUUGGGAACACCAGCUCUUUCCAUGACUUAUACUGACCAGGUGAAAGCUUUGAUCUGUUAUUGAUGUCACUUCAAGUGUAGAUGAAGGGGAGGAGACAGGUUAAAGAAGGAUUUUUAAGCCUUGAGACAAUUCAGACAUGGAUUGUGUGUAUGUGCCGUUCAGAGGGUGAAUGGGAAAGACAAAAGAUUUAAGUGCCUUUGAAUGGGGUAUGGUAGUAGGUACCAGGCGCACCGUUUUGUGUCAAGAACUGCAAUGCUGCUGUGUUUUUCACACUCAACAAUUUCCCGUGUGUGUCAAGAAUGGUCCACCACCCAAAGGACAUCCAGCCAACUUGACACAACUGUGGGAAGCAUUGGAGUCAACAUGGGCCAGCAUCCCUAUGGAACGCUUUCGACACCUUGUAGUUCAAUGCCUCAACGAAUUGAGACUGUUCUGAGGGCAAAAGGGGUUGCAACUCAAUAUUAGGAAGGUGUUCUUAAGGUUUUGUACAUUCAGUGUAGUACAAUUUAUUAUUAUUAUUACUUAUAAUUACAUGGAUUAUUGACCGCUUGCAUAAUUUUGCUUAAAAUAAUCCUUAUAAUCUGGACAACUGUAGAGAAUGAUCUAUCUGGAUUUAUUGAGGCUUGACUCAAGGAGAUAAGGGUUAACGUUAAGAAUAUCGUGAGGAGAUAUUCUUCCUGAAAAAAAUGUCUGAGAAUUGUAUCUUGUUACUCAUUCUGUUCCUCACACUACCUGGUCGGUCGGUCGGACAGAGAAUGGUUUUGGCUGCCUUCACGGUACAGAGAGAGGGAUUCGGCCAAUGGAAAAAGAGCUGAGUUUAGACUUUGGUGAAUGCUUCUAGAAAUAGGCCCAACGUACCAAUUUGUUAUUGUUAGUACUUGAAGUAUACUCAUUACGGCAAGCACUUGAAAUUGUUUACCUUGGUUACAUUGUAUUGUUACGGAAAUGUGGAAUGAGUAAUUGUCCCUCUGUAGAUAUUCAUAAAAUAAUUAAAUAAAUUCAGAUGUAUCACUAAAUUUGAGAGGCAAAUGUCUUUAUUAUGUAGUGGGUUGGGUAUAGUGUGACAGUCUAAAUGCUUAGCCACCCCUGACCAAUGAACCACGCUCCCCAGCUCCGGCUGAACCAACGCAAUAACGUCACACGUGAAAGGCUGCUUUUCUGGGAUUCUCCCCAAAUUGAACCCACAUUUUGACUGUUUUCACAAGCAAUACCUCGCACUACUCAGGGCCCUCUGGGGAGGGGGAGGGGAGGCUGGGGGGGAAUAUUGGACCCCUGAUUGAAUCAGCCUAAUGGGCAGAAUGCUGAUCAGAACCAGAUGUGGCACGUGGAGGGGUAGGGGUGGAGGGAAGGGUGGGGUGUAGGAGGGUUAGGAUAGGAUAGGGUUAGGGCACUCCUCCUAAGGACUAUGGGCUGGGCUAUAGGCUAGUCUGUCUGUCUCAACAUUGAGUCUCAAUGGAAAUAUGCAUAAUUUCUGUUGCAGUUUGCAUUGAAAUGUGUCUGUGAGAAAGGCUUUGCUGGUUGCUUAAAUGUCGACACUAAGCAGCCUGCAUCUUACACCCUUGUAGUUGCUUUUCUAUAGUAUUGUAUAGGCCCAAGUGAUUAGUAUCCACAUGUAGCGCUGGGGUCUAUUCAGGCGGUGGCAACAUUACAGAACAUUCAGAUAGAAAUGUAUUGCGUAUGUAGAAUAUAGGGAAUCAUGCCAACUCUAAACAUUACAUUUCUAUCUGCAAUACUAACAGUAUCACCUCAUUGGCUGUGUAGCCUACAACACUGCCUCUCCGCAUGGCUUGGCCAUUUGCUCUUCUCUCUCUCUGUGAGGAUGUUACUAUGUUGUUACUCAACAUGUCUGGUAUGUUUCUCUACAGGUGGAAGAGUGAAGACCUGGAAGAGACGGUGGUUCAUUCUGACUGACAACUGCCUGUACUACUUUGAAUACACAACAGUAAGUUAGCGUGUGGUUUUAUCAAUACUGUGGAAACCCUUAUCUGUAUGAGAGAAAGAGAGACUUAAAGAGAAAGAGAGAGACAUCAUAGGCAGACAGUCAGAGAGUGGCUAUUGUAUGCCCUUCGUAGCCAGUCAGCCUCGCCACAGCCAGUCUGUAGAAGAUGCAGCCCGGACCUUUGACCUAAAUGCACUCCGGUCCAGCAAUUAACACGAUGCAUGGAAAACAUCUGGGAGGUCUGUUGCAUAUCUGGCCUAGCCCAGACCCCUCCCCCAUUACCCUACACAUAGACACACACACACGUUGACACACACACGUAGACACAAACCAACACACACACACUGCUUAGAGCCCACCCCCCAGCACUGAGCCCCCAGCCCAGUCCAGUCCCCGGGCAUCCCAUCCCUGCUGUGUUCUCUCAUUAAGAGAAAGACUGGGGACGACAGGGGGGCUGUUCUGUUCUGUUCUGUUCCUCAGCUUCCAGACUACCCCCAGACUCCCAUCCUGCAGAGCCUCCCAGACACAAUAGAAAUCCACUGUAGGAUUGGGUUACUUCUCCCCUAGGUACUCUACUCUGUGUGACCUGUGUGUGAACAAUAACAGUAUUGUCACGAUCGUCUAAUGAGGGAGACCAAGGCGCAGCGUUGCGAGUGAACAUAUUCUAUUUAUUAAAUGCUCACACGAACAAAACAAUAAACAACGAAUGCGUGACGUCUAUGGUACAACACGAACACACACGAACAAAAUCCCACAACCCGAAAGAAAAACAGACAGAUUAAAUAUGGCUCCCAAUCAGAGACAACCAGCCGACAGCUGACACUCGUUGCCUCUGAUUGGGAGUCACACCGGCAAACAUAGAAAAUAGACAACCUAGAACACCCACCAAAGAAACAGAAAACAUAGAAUGAACACACCCUGGCUCAACAUAAUGAGUCCCCGAGCCAGGGUGUGACAGUACCCCCCCCUAAAGGCGCGGACUGCGACCGCGCCUAAAUACGAGCAAAAACAGGGGAGGGCUGGGUGGGCAUUCCUCCUCGGCGGCGGCUCCGGCUCCGGGCUUGAUCCCCACUUCCUCUCCAACCCCCCAAAGUACCCCUGGUCCUGUCUAGCCCCGCUGGCCGGAGCCGGACUGACGACACGCGCCCCUGGCUUGGUGCGUGGAACAGGAACGGACCGGAGCAGGAAUGGACCGGAAUGGGCUGGCGACGCGCACCACAGACUUGGUGCGGAGAGCAGGAACGAGCCGGACAGGGCUGACGAAACGCACCACAGACUUGGUGCGGGGAGCAGGAACAGGCCGGGCCGGGCUGGCGACGCGCACCACAGGUUUGGUGCGGGGAGCAGGAACAGGCCAGGCCUGGCUGGCGACGCGCACCACAGACUUGGUGCGGAGAGCAGGAACGGGCCGGACCGGGCUGGCGACGCGCACCACAGGUUUGGUGCAGGGAGCAGGAACAGGCCGGGCCGGGCUGGCGACGCGCACCAUAGGCUCGGUGCGGGAAGCAGGAACAGGCCGGGCCGGGCUGACGACACGCACCACAGGCUCGAUGCGAGGAACAGGAACAGGAACAGGCCGGACCGUACUGGGGACACACACCACUGGCCCUACGCAGGGAUCAGGAACGGGCCGGACCGGACUGGUAACACACCCCAGUACCUCUCGCCGUGCCUCCACACUUUCCCUCUCCUCUGUGACCAGUGGCCCCCUUAACCUGGCGGCCUCCUCUUCACACCCGCUGGACCGCUCCCUCGCGGCCUCCUGCUGCCCCGUCGUCCACGUCGUGAGCCCCCCCCUAAAAAUGUUCUGGGGGUCUCUCCUCCCCGUGGGCCAGGCCUCCAUCGUUCUCGCCCACCUCUCGCUCCUCUGUCUCCAACCCUCGUCACUCAGCUCCUCAAUGGGCUUGACCCAGUCGAAGCUCUUGAUCCAUUGCUCCAUAGACCAGCCUCUCUUCUCUUCACUUAGCGGGGCCCAGCCGAAACUCCUACUCCACUGAUCCCAGGUCCUUCCUCUCUCCUCCUCACGCUGCUUGGUCUGGUACUGGUGGGAUUUUCUGUCACGAUCGUCUAAUGAGGGAGACCAAGGCGCAGCGUUGCGAGUGAACAUAUUCUAUUUAUUAAAUGCUCACACGAACAAAACAAUAAACAACGAAUGCGUGACGUCUAUGGUACAACACGAACACACACGAACAAAAUCCCACAACCCGAAAGAAAAACAGACAGAUUAAAUAUGGCUCCCAAUCAGAGACAACCAGCCGACAGCUGACACUCGUUGCCUCUGAUUGGGAGUCACACCGGCAAACAUAGAAAAUAGACAACCUAGAUCACCCACCAAAGAAACAGAAAACAUAGAAUGAACACACCCUGGCUCAACAUAAUGAGUCCCCGAGCCAGGGUGUGACAAGUAUAGUACAGUUGUAACGUGUAUAGGCUACAGACUGUGUACAGUUAGGAAGUUACUUAGGCCUCCUGUCCGAGUAUGACUGAUUUAUACACCCUUAUGUGUAUAAAACAUUGUUUGUACUUAUUGAACCACCCUUACCAAAAAAACUGGCUUCUGGCAAACAGUUGUGGCACACAAAUUUGCCACAAACUUGCGGGAAGUUUGCCACAACAAAUUUGUUUAUGUAAGGGCAGCUGCACAAAUCAAUUGACCUUUAACUAUAUGCAGUGUGUUUACAUAUUAAAUCAUGUAUUGAAUAAUGUGUUCUUUGUGUUGUCUGCAGGACAAGGAACCUCGUGGGAUCAUUCCUCUAGAGAACCUUAGUAUAAGAGAGGUGGAUGAGCCCAGGAAACCUGUAAGUUCCCCAAAAUAUGGAAAGAAAACAAUUCCUGAAAAGGGGCUAAUAAAAUGAACUGGAUACUUAAAGUCUCUGUGUACUUUCCAUUUGAAUAUUCACCCUAGCUAAUUAUUUCUCUCUUUCUCUUUCUCUCUCCCUCUCUCUAACCCUGUCAUCCAAUCAGAACUGUUUCGAGCUCUACAACCCCAACCACAAGGGUUCGUUGAUCAAGGCGUGUAAGACGGAGGCGGACGGCCGGGUCGUCGAGGGCAACCACACAGUGUACAGGAUAUCAGCGCCCACCACAGAGGAGAAAGAGGAGUGGAUCAAAUCCAUCAAGUACGUUUUCGCUGUAACCCACCUAAGGUUUUUGCCCACCAUGUAAACACAACCAAGAAUCUGCUACGAGACACCAGUGGCUCUCAACUCACCAUGAUUCAAUGACAAAGCUAGGUUUACACCAGUAUGUAUGUAUUCACUGACGCUUCUUUGAAGAUACAUUUGUCUUCCCACAAAUACCACUAUGACCAUGUGUUUCUUCCCAUGUGUGAACGCUUUGAUGUAACUGUGUGACAGUCCCACACUAACGCAUAUGGCUGAGAGGCUAACUUUCUCACAGUGUGUGGACUCUCUGGGGGUUAAAUGGGUUUCCGUUUGAUAAAGCCCUCUAGAUUAGCCUAUAGACAUGAGAGCUAAAAGACAAGCACGCACUACACUCUCUUUCUCUGGCAUUCUGCCUCAAUUCGUUCCACUUAGUGUUUUUGCCAAAUCCACACUAUUUAUCAUACACAAAUGCUGUCUAGUUAAGGAGAAAAAUAAUUAUAGAAGUGCUCUGUUAAAAUGGAUCCAGAGGGUGAUUGAUCAUAGCUCCUCUCAGCUGAGCUUUCCAAUGAUCAAUAUCUGAGGCGGAAAUCAUAUUAUAUGAUACUCUAAUCAGGCAUGACGAUAUAGCAACACCAUUAGCAAUUGACGGCUCGGUUUCCAUUAGAACCAACAAAAUGGAUUUUUCUGCUCGUUCCACAACCUUACUGGCAAGCUUGUUUGGAUGAAGUGAAUGCCAUACAGUUAAGGAGAUUUGACAGGGAGACAUGAUAAUGUCAACUUCAGUUCUACAAUUAUCAUAACUUUAGAUGGGGUGUUGGAAAGGGAGUUUACAGUGGGAAACCAGUGCCUAUCCUAGUGCACACCAGUCCUGUAUGAAAUCACAGCUGUAGGUGAAGUUUAUAGAACUCUUCAUUGUGUUGUUGUAGCUGUGAGACUGUGGGACAGGGUGACAGACUGUGUGCAGAACAGGCCAGGGUUGCUUUAGCUCACACACACUCUCUGUACCCUGACUCAGCUUUAGGUAGUCUCCUCUGUGGUCAGCAUGAGACACACACAGAACGGCCAUCUCAGCAUGUCCUGUGUUCCUACUGCCGGGAAAGCAGUGAAUUACUCAACCCUAUUACUGUCCCGUUGGGGUUUGUGUGUGUGUGUGUGAAAGAGAGAAAACAACAACCCACUCAGACUGGACGCAAGGCUUUUCUCAGUAAUUUAAUGGACCGCUAUGGCUUUUCCCUCUGCAGUCUUCAAGGGAAUAUGGGGGUGUAUCACAGUCUACAGAGUCUGCACUAAUGUACCAAAGAGACAGCUUUAUUGUGUUACAUCUCUGUUGAUAGAGGUACUCCUUCAGAGGAGGCUGAAAAAUAUGAAACCAAUUGCAAUGUUUUCCUUGGAUGACAAUGUAGGUUAGAAUGUGAACUGAUGAUACUGAAUAUAGUAAAGCUGGGGAAACUAUUCCCACACCUGCUCAUGAAGGCCUACACAGACUACUGUAAUAUACAAUAACCAUUGUUUAUUUUUCAUAACCAAUCCAUCUCUCUUUCUGCAGAGCAAGCAUCAGCAGGGAUCCUUUCUAUGACAUGCUAGCCACCAGGAAGCGGAGGAUAGCCAAUAAGAAGUGA